AUGGCUUCCGAGGACGUGACUGGUGAGGUGCUGACCGAAAGGGAGCAUCAAGCUGCCUAUAUAUUUGAUCCUGCAGACGAUGCUGAUCGACCUGCAAGGCCUGUGAAGCGCCGCAAGGUUUCCAAGAAACAGCAGACAACCCAGCCAGAACCCGAGUUUUUAGAUAGGACCUAUUUCCAGUCGCUGUUUGAAAAAGAUUCGGAACCAGAAACUAGCAUCAAAUUGCGACAGACCUUGUUCGAAGAGGCAUGGUAUGGCAUUGACAAGAGAAUUCAUCAUGUUUUGCGUGAGGGAAAUCAAUCAACACUGGAAAACGUUACCUCUUUCAUAAAAGACUCCACAAGUCGUCAGCACAAGGAAAAGAUACCCUCGGGCUUCAUCGUGACGGGCGCAAACAUUGCUUCUCAAGAGCUCUUGUUUGAGCAGCUCUCUGAAAACCUCGAGGAAAAUGCAGACGCCAAGGUAGUGAGACUUCGAUCAGCGGAUGCUUCAAAUCUGAAAGCUGCGCUCAAGAAGAUUAUACACGAUGUUACUGCUAGGACUGCAGAAGGUGACGACGAUCUGGAGGUCGCCAUGGGUAGAGAUGGCCGUCGAUACCUGAAUUACGACCUUGAGGCGCUUCAUUCUCACCUAAAAGCGAGCCCACUAAGCCACGUCAUAAUUUGUUUCCAGGACAGCGAAGCCUUUGAGUCUGGGCUUCUAUCAGACCUGAUACUAUUGUUCAGUUCCUGGCUGGACCGAAUCCCUUUCGGUCUGUUGUUUGGUAUAGCAACAUCGGUUGAACUAUUCCAGGCCAGACUACUGAAGUCGACUUGCUUCCACCUCCAUGGCGACCAAUUUGAUGUCGAACAAUCGACGUCUGUCAUUGAGAAAAUCUUCAAGACUGCUGUCGCUCAUGUCGAUGCACCAUUGCGACUGGGACCUUCACUCAUGCAAAGUCUUUUGGAGCGCCAGCAAGAUCAAGUCGCUGGCAGCCCAAUGUUUGUCAAUUCUCUCAAAUACGCUUACAUGUGUCAUUAUUAUGCAAACCCAUUAAGCGUUUUAUUGUCUAAUGAAUUGGACAAUGAGUUAGUCCCGAAAGAGACUUUGGAACUUGUGCGGUCGUUACCAUCAUUCCGCACUUUCGUCGAAACUACUCUAAAGGCUGGGAGUAUCAAGAAAGUACGCAGCUUACUUGACGACGACAAGUAUCUUAUCCAAUGCAUGCAGACAGAGCGGUCACACUCAAAACAGUGGAUUCUUAACGUGCUUAGGAACGUCAAGUUACUCUCCGUCAUACACAACACGGGAUACGAUUUUGUACAGAGUUACCUCGACGCUAUAUCGGUCGGCAUCAACAUGCAAGACGAGCACAAAGAUUUGUCAGGCUUAGUUCAGCGAUUGCCCCCGUCUGAUGCCGCUUCGUUCAUUAGUCGAUUCAUCAACACUAUCAAGGAUGGAGAUUCGAGUAUCGGCUUGUCGGGGUGGGCUGAUGAGACCAGUGAUCUCGUUGCUAUGCUUUCUGACAUCUUGGCUGAAAUCAAAACGCUUCAAGAACAGUCUGAAGAACAGGGCACAACUCUGAAGAGCAAAUACAGCGGCCACAACAAGAUUCUCCGUACCACAGUGAUCGCACAAAAGGUCCAGCUCAGUCGAGAUACAGCUGAUCUCACUGACGAAGACAAAGCAUAUACGGCCCUGAUCGACCGCCUUGUCGAGAAAUUGGGGUCGACACUCGAAACGCCAAAGACCGAAGAUGUCUUUCUGCAUGAGCUUUGGCUCUACGAUCUGAGAACACCAUAUAAGGAUGUCUUUAUACCAAGACCCCGGACUGUGAUUGAAAGAGCAUUGUCACGGCCACAUGACUAUCUUGGCUGUUCGUGCUGCAAGUCGGGCAAAGAUGAGAUCAAACCCACACUACCCGUCACCGCCAUCCUCUAUCAUCUGUAUUUAGAAACGGGCUCACUCAUCAAUGUUGCUGAUCUCUGGUCGGCCUUCUACGCUAUAGUCGGCGAGGAUAAGAAAGAUGGACUAGAUAAACGUACGGCACUGGUGUUAUUCUAUCGUGCCAUGUCCGAGUUGAAGACCAUGGGCUUUGUCAAGCAAAGCAGGAAAAAGGCAGACCAUGUUGCAAAACUUGCUUGGCAAGGUCUGUAG